AUGUCGUGGAACCGUCUAAUUCGCUUUGUCGACGACAACGACGUCGAGCAUUUUGGCGAACCUGAGGUGCAAGACGAACCAGAGAUCACAUCGCUUCUCGACAAGAGCGACUUGUGGGCUACUAUCUACGAUGGUGCUAGCCCUGUCUCGACCCUGGCUAAGGAUGAGCGGGUGCACGUCAAGGCCCUGAGACCGCUCCUGACACCAAAGGACGUCCCGAUCAUUCGGUGUAUUGGCCUGAACUAUGUUAAGCACAUCAAGGAGGGUGGCAGGACACCGCCCCCAUUUCCUUCACUUUUCAUCAAGCCGGCGACAUCAGUCGCUGCAUGGAAUGAGGACGUGCCAAUCCCCAAAGUUGCACAAGAUGGUACUGUUGAUUACGAGGGUGAACUAGCCUUCGUGGUUGGAAAAUCGGGCAAGAACAUCCCCAAAGAAAAGGCGCUGGAGUACGUCGUCGGCUACCUUACCGCAAACGAUGUCUCGGCGAGAGCUUGGCAAAGAGACCCCGCCAAGGCUGGCGGUGUACCUCAGUGGUGCUUCAGCAAGGGCUUCGAUAAGUUUGCCCCCUUCAGCCCGGUGCUGGUCUCUCCGGUGGUGGUGGGAAACGCUAGCGACCUCUUGCUGCAGACUUUUGUCAACGGCGAGGAGAGACAGCAUGAGAGCACGGGCGAUUUGCUAUUCGGUGUGGAGGAGAUUGUUAGCUUCCUCAGUCAGGGAACAACGUUGGAGGCUGGAACGGUAGUGUUGACUGGUACGCCGUCUGGUGUUGCUAUGGGCAUGAAGCCGCCCAAGUAUUUGGUUGACGGGGAUGUGGUGGAGGUGAGGAUAAGUAAGCUGGGAAGUGUGAAGAACAAGAUGGUGUUUGAGUAG